CUUGUUUAGAAGGUGAGACACUCGGACUUAGAGACACUCAGACUUAGAGAGUAGCUAAGUAUGGAAUCUAAGAGACAAAUCCUCCAUUAACCCCCCAAUUAUCUCACUCAAAAACUUCAUAAUUCAAGAAAAAAUUAAGAAAAAACUUCCAAAUUACAAGCCAUGAAUUACAAAUUGCAGGAGCAAUAAAAUCUCUUUCAAUUAUAUCUCUCCAGCGAUAAAAUGGCAGACCAAUUUCACGACGAGCAGACAAAUUCAUAUUGCCUACUAAUACUACUGUUGGAUUAUGCUCAACAAAGCUUGUGAGUGUAUAAGAAUUGAAAUUAUCCGUCUCUUUAUUGAUUCUGUGCUUCAAAUUUUUGAUUGAGUUCGAUUUUUUGGUUUUAAAUUAUUGAAUUAUGUCGGUAAUUUCAUUGCUUGAACUGGGUUGUGAGAAAAAUAUGAUGUCUAAUCAAGAAAAUAGGCAUUCUAUGGUGGUAUUUGAUGAACAUUCUGAUCAUAGAUCUUUAUCUUUGGAUGAUUCUAGUAGUGCUGAUGAUUCACCUAAUGAAAAUAGACUUUCUUUAGAACAUACAAAUGAUUCUGUUCCUUAUAUUGGUCAGAGAUUUACUUCACAUGAUGCUGCUUAUGAAUUUUAUAGUGAAUAUGCUAAGAGAUGUGGGUUUUCGAUUCGGCGUCAUAGAACUGAAGGGAAAGAUGGGGUUGGGAAAGGGUUAACUAGAAGGUAUUUUGUUUGUCAUCGUGCAGGGAAUACUCCUGUUAAAGUGGCUAGUGAAAAUAAACCCCAACGAAAUCGAAAAUCAUCUCGUUGUGGGUGUCAAGCAUAUUUGAGAAUAAGUAAGACAACUGAAUUAGGGCUUUCGGAGUGGCGUGUUACGGGUUUUGUUAAUCAUCAUAACCAUGAACUUUUGGAACCUAAUCAAGUUCGAUUCUUGCCUGCAUAUAGAACAUUAUCUGAUAGUGAUAAGAGCCGGAUUUUUAUGUUUGCCAAGACUGGGAUUUCAGUGCAGCAAAUGAUGAGGCUGUUGGAGCUAGAGAAAUGUGUAGAACCUGGGUAUCUUCCGUUUACGGAGAAGGAUGUAAGGAACUUGAUUCAGUCAUUUAGGAAAGUGGAUUCUGUAGAGGACAGUAUAGACCUUUUGAGAAUGUGCAGAAAUAUUAAGGAAAAGGAUCACAACUUUAGAUUUGAGUAUACUGUGGAUUCAAAUAACAAUUUGGAGAAUAUUGCUUGGUCUUAUACUUCAUCAGUUGAAGCAUACGAGAUGUUUGGUGAUGCUGUGGUAUUUGAUACCACCCAUCGUUUGACUGCGUUUGAUAUGCCUCAUGGAAUUUGGGUUGGGAUAAAUAAUUAUGGUAUGCCUUGUUUCUUUGGCUGUGUUCUUAUGCGUGAGGAAAAUUUGCGGUCGUUAUCAUGGGCUUUGAAGGCAUUUUUAGGUUUUAUGAAUGGACAUGCACCUCAGACGAUACUAACUGAUCAGAAUAUGUGUCUGAAAGAGGCAGUGGCUGUGGAGAUGCCAACUUCUAAACAUGCAUUGUGCAUAUGGCUAAUCAUAGCCAAGUUUCCAUCCUGGUUUAAUGCUGUUCUGGGGGAACGAUACAAUGAGUGGAAGGCAGAGUUCUAUCGACUGUAUAACUUGGAGUCCAUUGACGAGUUCGAGUUGGGUUGGAGGGAUAUGGUUAAUUCUUUUGGUUUACACACUAAUAGGCAUAUCAUCAAUUUGUUUGCCUUAAGGUCAUUUUGGGCAUUGUCUUACUUAAGGUGCCAUUUCAUGGCUGGAUUGACAACCAGUGGGCAAUCUAAGUCGAUAAAUGCUUUUAUUCAACGGUUUCUUAGUGCUCAAACUCGGCUUGCCCAUUUUGUGGAACAAGUUGCUGUUGCUGUCGAUUUUAAAGAUCACGCUGGCAAGCAGCGAACAAUGCAACAGAAUCUUCAAAACAUUUGCCUAAAAACCGGUGCACCAAUGGAAUCCCAUGCUGCCUCAAUUCUCACACCCUUUGCAUUCUCCAAGUUACAGGACCAACUUGUUUUGGCUGCUCACUAUGCUUCGUUCGAGAUGGAAGACGGUUUUCUUGUCCGACACCACACUAAACUCCAAGGUGGUCGGAAAGUGCACUGGAACCCGAGAGAAGGUAUCAUCAGUUGUAGCUGUCAUCAGUUUGAGUUUUCAGGUAUCCUAUGCCGGCAUGCUCUCAGAGUUCUCUCUACCGGAAACUGCUUUCAAAUCCCAGAAAGAUAUCUUCCUCUGAGAUGGUGCCGAGUCAACUCAUCCGCUACUAAGCUCCAAUGCACUCUUAAUGACCACGGAGAAAAAGUUCAGCGAUUACAGAGCAUGGUAUCCAUGCUAGUUUCAGAGUCGUCUAAGUCAAAGGAACGCUUAGAUUUGGCAACUGAACAAGUAUCAAUUCUUUUGUCGCGGGUUAAGGAACAGCAGGUUUCGUCCUCACUUGUCAAAAUAGAUACUGUUACACAUGGGAAUUUUCGUUAGAUCUCUUCUAGUGCAGUCAUUUAGUCAUUGUUGCAAUGCGGGGGAAUCAGCUGGUUCAAAACAUUUCACUAUCCCAGUACCAUUAAGUGGUUUCCACCUACAAUGGUUUAAUGGGUUUAAAAAGGAUCAGAUGUGUGCAACCUUACUCUUAUUUAUGAUGAAACCAACAAAGCGGGGUUGUUCAGAACGAGGAGCGGAAAAGUCUUUCAUGGGUUGUAAAGUUGGACGAUACAUGUGGCUUUCGAGGACUUCGAUGCUGGUUCCGUCAAGUCAUUGGUCAUUUUUUUAUUGAUCUCGUUGGUGUUCGUGUUGUAAUCAGUUUUUCAGGGUUCAUGACCUAUUGGUAUGUUUUCAUUUAAUCGUCGCAUAGUUCAAGAAGUUUGUAUAUAUCUAGUGCGUGAAGAGUUUUGAUACAGAAUCUUGGUUGCAUCAAAACAAGAUUCCUAGUCCAACGUUGGCCAUUGUUAGGUUGUGGCUCUAGGAUCUCGACCCAUAUUUGCGAGUGAUUGUAUUACUUCAUCUACGAUGACUAAAUGAAGUAAGAAAGAGAAAGAAAACAAUAAUAACCCUUUUUGGAUUCUAGGAUAGAUUGAGAGAAUAGAAGAGAUAAAGUGAGAAUCAAACCAAAACCUUAUUUGUAUUUGCUCAAACUAACUAAAAACCCAAUUCUCACAUUUAUUCAUUGAUCAUGCUUGAAAAGCAAGUUUAUGCGUACGUUUUGCGGUUUCAAAGCCUAGCACAUUAAGCCAUAACAAUGCUUAGAAAGAAAACAAUAUUAUCCCAUCAAUAAUUCUUAAUCUAUAACCGUAAUUUAUAAAUCACAAAAAAAAAUAAUAAUGAUAAUAAAAAAACAAAAUUGAAAAAGGUAAAAUAAAAUCACAUAAUUCUCACCUUAUCAAAUCCUACCACAUAAG